AUGCAAAAAGUAUUUCAGAUUUUGCCUCCCAAGCCAUAUACAGUUACCAACUUCAACUACUACUGUCUUUACCCACCUAUCUUCUCUGCGGACUAUGCUACUUGGUGGACAGAUCGGGCAAACAGCAAAGUAGUCACGCCAGAAUUCACUUGCCUCCUGGUUCGAGUCUGUGCUUGUUCAGCACAAUACUUAGAUGCGGAUAACACACAAAAACUAGCGACCGAACUGGGUGGAUCAAUCCAGACCCUUUCGGAAAACCUUCAUCAUGCCGCGAGGCAAUUGAGUAGCACGAUUGGCCCGGGAAAGGGAGGUAUCUCACAAGUUCACCAGCUUUUUCUUACAUCCGCUUGGUUCAAGUCGGAGGGCCUUUUUGUGGAGUCCUGGCAUGCUUUGGGAUCUUGUAUUCAUGAAGCUCAGGAACAAGGCAUGCAUAAAGGUUCCACCAAGCGAGAAUUAUCAGAGUUUGAUACGGAGAUGAGGCGACGAACUUGGUGUUUGCUUAAUCAAUGGGAUUGGCAAAUGUCGAUGCUUCUUUCUCGACCACUGAUCAUAAACCAAAGCUCUUCUGCAAUCGAGCUACCAAGCAUGACACUCGAAAGCGAAUUAGAGGGCCCUCCCGCUCCAGUCUCUCACACUGCUUCCCAGUGCAAAUUAGGAAUAAUGAUUAUAAAGACAUCAUUGUUCACGGAAGACGAGACGAGUCCAGAAGAGGCAGAUUCAAUUAGAUCAAUGAUUAACGGCUGGCUUGUUUCUCUACCUUCCGCCUACCGCGAAACCGACCCCGAUCUCCAAUGGGAUAACACACACAUUUAUGUCCCUUUCCAGCGUCUUCAAAUGCAUGCGAUAGCCUAUAUGACAAUGCUCCAGCCAUUCAAACGUUUUCUCACCAAGACCUAUAACAAGAAGAGCUCCAAGAAAGACAAAUAUUAUCGAGCAAGCGCCGUAGAUAUCGCACUCCACCUCAUGACUGUAUCAGAACGACUAUUCGACCAAGUGUUCCCGCUAAAUGCAAAAUUUCACCUUGUUAGCUUUCUUCUAUUCGACACUGCUGCCUUCUUAUGCUCGGCUGUCAUCCACGAUCAAGAUUGCAGUCCACCACGGCGGGAUGAAAUUCUCCAAGCAAUUGCAGUCGCUUGUUCGUUGUUACAGAAGCUUGCACAUACCACCAAGGCCGGUGCAAUCUGUUAUCCAAUCUUGAUCAAACUUGCAAGAAGCCUGUCGAAGUCUUCGAAGCCUCCCUCAAUUACUAAUCGUACUGAUCAGAUGCCUGGCCAGUCUAUGAAUGAUUUAUUUACUCCGCCGGGUUUGGGCGUAUCGUCUUUAGAAGACCCCAGCCCUCCGAUAUCAUGGCCUUCGUCUUUGGAAAGUCUGGACUCUGGAGAGAUCUUCUUUCCUGCCUCCUUGGACUACCCUGUUCCUGAUAUGGAGACACCGCCGUUGCUGGAUAUUUCUGAUUUGUGCAGUAUAGACAUUGGACAAUUCGAUCAGAUUUGGGACUGGCAAAAUCUUGAUUUGACUUUGCUCCCAUUAUUGUCUGCGCAUAUGCCAAUAGAAGACUCAGGAAGUGCAUAG